AUGAGUCUCACAGGAGAGAAACCACAUCUGUGUUCUGAGUGUGACAGAAGCUUUACAUAUAAAUCACAGCUUAUCACACAUCAGAGGAGUCACACAGGAGAGAGACCAUUUACAUGUUCUGAGUGUGACAGAAGCUUUACACAUAAAUCACAGCUUCUCACACAUCAGAGGAGUCACACAGGAGAGAGACCACAUCUGUGCUCUGAGUGUGACAAAAGAUUUACAUGUCAAUCGCAUCUUCUCAGACAUCAGAGGAGUCACACAGAAGAGAGACCAUUUACCUGUUCUGAAUGCAGCAAAUGUUUUUCUCGGAAGUCAUCUCUUGUUACACAUCAGGGGAUUCACACAGGAGAGAAACUAUUUAAAUGUUCAGAAUGCAGCAAGUGUUAUACUGAAAAGCGAGAACUUGUUACACAUCAGAGGAGUCACACAGGAGAGAAACCAUUUCCAUGUUCUGAAUGCAGCAAAUGUUUUUCUCGGAAGUCAUCUCUUGUUAUACAUCAGAGGAGACACAAAGGAGAGAAGCCAUUUAAAUGUUCAGAAUGCAGCAAGUGUUAUGUAAUAAAACGAGAACUUGUUAUACAUCAGAGGAGUCACACAGGAGAGAAGCCAUUUAAAUGUUCGGAAUGCAGCAAUUGUUUUCCCAUCAAGUCACAGCUUGUUACACAUCAGAGAAGUCACACAGGAGAGAAACCAUUUACAUGUCCUGAAUACAGCAAGUGUUUCCCCCAGAAAGCAGAGUUUGUUAUACAUCAGAGGAUUCACACAAGAGAGAUGCCAUUUAAAUGUUCGGAAUGCAGGAAGUGUUUCCCCCAGAAAGCAGAGCUUGUUAUUCAUCAGAGGAUUCACACAAGAGAGAAGCCAUUUAAAUGUUCUGAAUGCAGCAAUUGUUUUUUUUCCCUGAAGUCACAGCUUGUUACACAUCAGAGAAGUCACACAGGAGAGAAACCAUUUACAUGUUCUGAAUGCAGCAAAUGUUUUUCUUGGAAGUCAUCUCUUGUUAUACAUCAGAGGAGUCACACAGGAGAGAAGCCAUUUAAAUGUUCGGAAUGCAGGAAGUGUUUUCCCCAGAAGGCACAUCUUCUUAGUCAUCAGUGGAUUCACACAGGAGAGAAACCAUUUAAAUGUUCUGAAUGCAGCAAUUGUUUUCCGAGGAAGUCACAGCUUGUUACACAUCAGAGAAGUCACACAGGAGAGAAACCAUUUACAUGUUCUGAAUGCAGCAAGUGUUUUUCUUGGAAGUCAGCUCUUGUUCUACAUCAGAGGAUUCACACAGGAGAGAAGCCAUUUAAAUGUUCUGAAUGCAACAAUUGUUUUCCCAGAAAGUCACAGCUUGUUAGUCAUCAGUGGAUUCACACAGGAGAGAAACCAUUUACAUGUUCGGAAUGCAGCAAGAGUUUUUCCCAGAAGGCAGUGCUUGAUAGACAUCAAAGGAUUCACUCAGAGGAAAAACCAUUUAAAUGUUUUGAAUGCAGCAAGUGUUUUUCCGAAAAUAAAAAUCUUGUUAGACAUCUGAGGAUUCACACAGGAGAAAAACCAUUUACAUGUUCAUAA